CCCAACACACACACACAACGAGCACCUGCCACCUCUUUUCCUCUUUUCCUCUUCACACACACUUUUCCAAAUCUGAUCUAGCGAAGGGCUGUGUGUGGAUUGAGUAGGGGGAGUUUAGGUUCAUUCAGGGGGCUGUGGUCGUGCGUUUCUUUUUUUUUUUUCUUUUUUUUUGACAGCAGGAAAACUUUGGUAACUCGCAGUAAAAAAAAAAGAAUCACUGCCUAGCCACCGUCCAAUGGACAGAACCACGGUGCGGUUGGUAGUUUCUGAGAGCUGCUUUCUGUGCGCUGGGAUUUAUGGAUAGCUUCGUCCGACGCCGCGGAAUGUAACGGCCGACACACGCGUCUCAGCCGCCGGAGUUACCUGUAGUGAAGUCUCGGAAGGUUAACUCUGCUGUCAUUUCCAUGGAGACGACCCGGGCCCUCCUCCCACUUUUCCUCCUCUUACUGAGUGUGUGUGCUCACAGUAGUCAUGGCAACCUUCGCCCGACCCCCAGAGUGUAUCUGUCUUACAAAGAGCUCUUGGAAACAAGGACCAUCCGGCCAUUCAGCUUCUCCUUUAACACAAGCGACUAUAGAAUCCUCCACAUGGACCAGGACCAGGGCCGCCUUUACCUGGGCAGCUGUGAAUAUAUAGUCUCUCUGGACAUGCAGAACAUCAACAAGGAGCCACUCAUUAUCCACUGGCCUGCUACUACUCAAAGAAAAGCAGAGUGCAAGAUGGCUGGAAAAGGAGGACAAGGAGAGUGUGCAAACUUUGUGCGCUUGAUCGAGCCAUGGAACAGGACACAUCUGUACACAUGUGGCACUGGAGCGUACAAGCCCAUCUGCACCUUUGUCAAUAGAGGUUGGAGGGCAGAGGAAUACCGUUUCCGCCUGGUGCCAGGCUAUGUGGAUUCUGGAAAGGGAAAAUGCCCCUAUGAUCCACGGCAAGAAAAUGCUGCAGCACUGAUCAAUGGGAACCUGUAUGCUGGAGUGCAUGUAGACUUCAUGGGCACAGACCCAGCCAUAUUCAGGACUCUAGGAGACCGACCUGCUGUCAGGACAGAGCAGUACGACUCACGGUGGCUUAAUGAGCCCGUAUUUGUAAAAAUUCAGAAAAUUCCAGAUAGUACAGAGAAGAAUGAUGACAAGCUGUAUUUUUUCUUUCGGGAAAAGAGUUUGGAUGCAGCAGGAGGCAGCACCCCCAGUGUGUUGGCCAGAGUGGGCAGAGUUUGUCUGAAUGAUGAUGGGGGUCAGAGGUCGCUGGUGAAUAAGUGGACAACUUUCCUGAAGGCGCGUCUGGUCUGUUCUGUAAUUGGGGCGGACGGAGUCGAGACAUAUUUUGAUGAACUACGGGACGUCUUUAUUCAGCGGACUAACGAUGAGCGCAGUCCUAUGGUGUACGCUCUAUUCUCCACAGCAGGGUCUGUGUUUAAAGGUUCAGCAGUGUGUGUGUAUUCUAUGUCUGACAUCAGAAAUGUCUUUAAUGGGCCCUUUUCUCAUAAACAUGGGCACAAUUACCAGUGGACGCCUUACACUGGAAAAAUUCCUUAUCCACGCCCCGGGACGUGCCCUGGAGGAACAUUUACUCCUGGAGUCCACAGCACCAAAGCCUUCUCUGACGAAGCUGUCAACUUUGUACGCGCUCACCCUCUGAUGUACCAUCCCAUUUACCCUACACACAAGCGCCCUCUGGUGGUACGGACAGGCGUAGACUACCGCUUUACGACUAUUGCAGUGGACAUGGUGGAUGCUGUAGAUGGGAGAUAUGAAGUGCUCUUUCUGGGAACAGACAGAGGAACGGUUCAAAAGGUGAUUGUACUGCCAAAAGACACAAGCACAACAGAAGAGCUCAUUCUUGAAGAGGUGGAAGUUUUCAGGACGCCAGCACCAGUGAAAACCCUGAAAAUUUCCUCUAAGAGGCAACAGCUGUAUGUCUCAUCGGCACGAGGACUCACCCAGGUGUCUUUGCAUCGGUGUCCUGCAUAUGGUAAAGCCUGCUCAGACUGCUGCCUGGCCAGAGACCCCUACUGCGCCUGGGACGGAGAGAGCUGCUCUGCUUUCACCCCCGCCACCAAAAGGAGAAGCAGGAGACAGGAUAUCAAACAUGGUGACCCGUUACGUCAGUGCAGGGGCUUCAACUCGAAAGUAGAGAAGCGUCUGAGGGAGACGGUGCAGUUCGGGGUGGAGGGCAGCAGUGUGUUUCUGGAGUGCCAGCCCAGAUCUCCUCAGGCUACAGUGAAGUGGUUCUGUCAGAAAGAUGGCAAGCGCAAAGCACUCAAUCGUGACAAAGAUGUCCUGAAGACGGCUCAUGGCAUCCUGCUGAAAUCUCUUAGCCAAUCAGAUGCUGGCCUCUACCACUGCCUGGCCACAGAGAACAACUUCAAGCAUACCGUAGCCCGUGUGGCGCUGCGAAUCCUUGACCGUGAGAUUGUGGAGGCCCUAACAGCUCCAGACGGCCCCUCAGACCCUGAGCGUCAUCAACAUGACUUGCAGCACCACCCACCACCUCCUCCACCCCCACCACAAACCCUGCCCCCAAUGGGCCAGACACAACCACAGCCUGAGGUUACUCUCAUUAACCAGUACUGCCAGUCCUACUGGAAGCAGCCACACAAGCCCAAGCGCACUAACCGCAGGCAUGCAGAGAAACAAGAGCUUGAGGAGCUGCAGGUGCAGUGAACAAAUGCUCAUAAAGCUACGUUUUGGUUGCAUUCUCUACAUUGUAUGAGCAGGCAAAAUCACACACAAAAAAACUGUUUAUAAGCUUAAUGUCAUGUUCAUCCCCUGGGGCCAUGCACAAGGGUUAAAUCCAAUAGACUUAUUUUAUAAAUAUGGAAUUUUACACUGCAGGUUGGAUAUUGGGUGACGCAUGGUACUGUACCAUCAGCUUGCUUUCAGUUCGGCUCUAAAUUACCAUACAUGUCUACAAGUUUGCAGUGUGAUGCAUUUUGGGAUAAUUUACAUACACUGAGCUAGCAAUUUAGCACUUAUCCCACUCCUACAUUGUAUCUACGCACUUUGGUCAUUGAAUAUCAGCCUCUAGUAAGUGUAUAUGUUCCAAAAAAGAAAAGAAAAAAAACAGGAAACUGAUUCACACCAGCAUUAAGUAUAUAAGAUUCGUCUGUUUUGUUUACCAUAAAAAAAUGUAAAGAAAAAAAAUAUCAGUGUUCCAUAAAUCUUGUAGUUGUGUAGUUCUGCUGCUUUGCAAUGCUUGUAUUUAAAGGUCGUUGUGUUGAGUCAGAUGAUUGUUAGUCGUCAGUUUGUGGUAAAAAGCAGUGGAAAAAAGCUGUGCCGGACUUCUAUAUGAUUCCAUCCUCUUUCACGGCACAGCCAUCUGCUGAUUCAUCAAAAGAAAAAAAAAGAAGAAGCUUUUGGUCCUGUAUUGGGAUGUAAUUUUGACCUGCAUUAUGCUGACCAAUAUUUAUGUUAUCAUAGACCAAGGGUGAUUUAAUAAUGUGCAAAGGUAAUAUGGUUGCGUUCCUUUCCAGUUUUUGAUAGUAAGUACACUUGAGCUAGUCUGCAUCAGACAAAUCACAGCUGCAAAUUUUUUUAACUCUAGUGUCACGAUGUGUUUAUUUAUAACGAUUAAUAGAGAACAGUGUUUAUAACCGUUUUUGCAAUAGCUAAAGUCCUAAGUGUCAUUAUCAGCAAGUAAUUAUUACUCGAAAAUCUAAAAUUCUAUUCUAUUUUAUUAAUAGUUAGGAGAAAACUACAAGGUUAUAGGUUCACUGUUCUAAACAGGAAGGAUGGUGUCAGUUUCAGCAAGAUAGAUGUAUGGACCAAAAUUUGCUCCAGCCUCCUGUUAUAAAAAAAGGGGGAUUUGCAAGAAAGCAUAAAUACAGAAGAGAAAGCUGAGAAUGUUUUUAUUUUUAUUUUUUAUUAAGCACAGAAAAAAAGAAAGAAUUUUGAGAAUGAGUCAAAAAGAUUUUUAUGGCUGUGGUACAUUUUUACAUAGGAAUACGAGCACAUAAUUCUAGGGGAAAAUUACUGUACUUGUUUCUGUCCUGUGCUGGGAACGUAAUGUGGGACAACCAUGUAAGGUAUUUUCCUUGCAUAAUCAGGUCAUUUUUGGUGGGAAUUUUCCGUAACUUAUUGCAUCUUCCAGAUAAGGUCGUAUUUAAAAUUUGUAACACACAAACACAAAAUAUUUGGUAGUUCUGUAACUUUUGCACCUUUUACAUAUCAAUGGUAGAUGUUUUCUGUGGUUAACUGUGGUCUUGUGCUUGUGUAUAAAGGCAGUUCUUGUGCUUGGCUGUGUGUAUUACACAUGUACAUAGAAGUAAUAGUUAUUUGGUCAAGUUUGAACUCUCUCUUUCUCUCUCAAUCUCUCUCUCUCUCUCUCUCUCUCUCUCUCUUUCUCUUGUUUUUUCUCUCUACACAAGAUAUUUAUUUUGAGAAUGUACAUAUUCAUGGCCCUUGCUCACUUUGGUGGUGGAAUAUGACUGGGAAUAGCUGAUUUUAUUGUGUGUACUCACUAACAGGACCAGAAUAUACAGGCUCACAAAAAGAUGCUUGUAGCAAAACGGUGCAAGGAUUUUUUUUUUUUUCAGCAGUCGUGAUAAUAGUCAGUUUAUAAUCUGUUUCUCAAGCAUGAUUUUGCCAGUAUGACGAAUUCAGUGUAAAAAACAAUUAAUGUUUGCAGCCAAAUCAGGGGAAAGAAUGUCAAAUGUAAACGUCUCAGAAGAAAUAAAUAAGAUGUUGAAAUUCACUUUGUACGAAAAGUUCGUGGACAUGGACAAAUUCAAAACUUCUCAUCGGUGAUAUGUAUGUAUGUAUGUAUGUAUGUAUGUAUAUUUAUACUGAAAAGCAAGAGAAUGUCUGAGGGCUAGCACGAAAGCCCAAUGCAUAACAGUUUCUAGCCAUUUAAAUGUUAUUGAGGUAUAAGAUAUGGGCUUUUGGAGGAAAUGUGUUAUGAGACCCAAAUGGUGUUUGAUUCUGCUUUAUCCUUGCUCAAGUGGCUGCAUAAUUACAAUAAUUCUCUUAUGUAUUCAUUGUGUUUUUGUUAGCUUAAUUUAAUGUGGUCAUUUGUAAUAAAUAAUAUUUUAUUAUGCUUAUAUUGUGAGGUUGGAAAUAUUAAUAGAUGUUUUAUAAUCAUAACAAUAAACUGCUGUAUUUGUUCUUAUUUAA